AUGUUUUCAGAAACAGCUCCAUCACAUCUUUCUCAAGCAAUUCUAACUGGAAACAAAAUAGAGAAAAGAUUCUAUCAAACUCACAUUCUACCGAUUGAUCGUGAACGAAGGAAGAUCCGACUAAAUGCAGAUCGUCAUAUGGAAACCUUCUUACAUGUCACUCGUAAACGACAUGAAACCUGGUAUCGAUACGACAAAUAUUUUCGCGAUGCUCUGAAAAAAGAGAAAGAUCGUCACGAAAAGCACAAGGAACGUUGCGGAUCAUCAACUAAUCCAGUACAUCAAAGUGUACCAUCAUUGAUAACAAUUAACUCGCUUCCCGACCGACGAACAAAAACAGAACAACGAACAAAUCAGGUGUUACAAGCUGCACAAAAACUACUUGAUCGUUCAGAAGCAACACGAUCACAAUCAUCUCUGAUUCAAAGUCGUCCGUCAACAUCGUUAACUGGUUCGAAAAGUUUUAUAACAAGAACAGCUAGAAGUUCAUCUGCGUAUUGUAGUGCAAGUUUAAACGUACCCAUGACCCAAUCGAUCGAUUUCGAUGAAUAUACUCGUUUAAUGAACGAAUCCUUAGAAUGUGAAACUUACAGUGGUUUUGUUGAUCAUUUUGUCAAGUUUCGUCCGGAAUUUCGUGAACAUUUUGCACAGUUUCAUCAAGCCAAUCAACGAGAACAUGCCGUAGCAAAACUACGUUCACUUAAUCAGACAUACGCAAAACAAAGAGAUCAACGUUAUUAUAAUUUACUCACUAGUCUGACCGAUUUUCGUUUGGAACAAAAAAGAAAAACGUACAAAUAUUAA